UGUUGACUUAUUAUUCGAAAAUGAGGACACAAAUAACCUAACUAGGAAAGAAAAACAACAAACAAGAGGAAUGAGCGAAUGACUUCCGCAUCAGGUGACCCAGAAGUGCUCCAUUUGGUCGCACCGGAUGUUGAACUAUCAGCUGAUCAUGGUGUUUUUGAUGGAAGUUGAUGCUGGUUGGAAGUCUACCCUUCUCUCUUUAUUAUCUCUUGCUUCCACGACAAAGGCUUAACGGACCGAACAGCAACUUCAACAUUACUCGCCACAGCUACAAUAUUCAGGCGAAAUCCACCGUUGACAAGUAACAAAGAGCUCAGUGUUCAAAGCAGUUCAGCUCGCUUUGUCAGUUAGAGAAGGAAAACAACGUUGACGUUAGCUGUGGGGUUUUAACAGGACUGUGACGUUAGCUAACAGUGCUAACUAUGUUGUUUACGCUGUGGUUUCAUAAAGUCAGCUGUUGUUUUUUCAAAGUCUGAGGGAGAAUAUUUAUUCAUGUUGUACCAAGUCGUGUGAUGAUUGUAAAUAUUGUGUAAUUUUUGGAUCUGUUGUCAGGCACGUCAACAGUCGCGCGAGUGAAAAAAAAAAGCAUUAGCUUACUUACAGCGACUACUUGCGUGUAAAGAAUUGCGAGACGCGGUUAGCAAGUAGAAAAGAUAACUUAUCCUUUAUGCUUUUGACAGUCGUCAAGACAUUGACCUCUCCAAACGCGGAUUAAAGUAUUAUCAUUAUUUGUUUGGUCUUGUUUGAUAUAGCCCAAUACAGUCUGCUGGCAAGUGUUGGUGGAACUGCUGCAACCUGUAACCAGCUUUGUUGUCACUCUACUUGUCUUUCGCUAUUUUAUGAAGCAUAUAUUUCACUCAUAGUUUGUCAAAUUGACAAGUUUAAGUUGUGAGAUAUAUUUUUGUAAUAUUUACAAGCAUGGUCAUUAUUUCUUUUUAAUACAUGUGCAUUAAUUAGCUAUUUAAUUUAUUGUCGGGUGUACUUAAUUUCAGGGUUGUAAUGCAUCACUGAACAGUUUUUAAGACUUUAUGAAUAGCCUGAUUUAGACAUAGUAGUCAUAUCGGCUUAAUGUGGUGUCUACGCAUGCAACUAAAAUAGAUAGCUAACGUUACCGUAGGAAAGGCAGAGGCAUAGAAGCGGUCAGAGGAGAAGUUGCAGGGCUGGCACGGUCAGAGCACCUGGUUGAACCCAUUUCCAGUUUGCCAAUGCUGGACUUGGAGGUCGUCCCUGAGCGAUCUUUGGGAAAUGAACAAUGGGAAUUCGCAUUAGGGAUGCCAUUGGCCCAGGCCAUUUCCAUUCUACAGAAACACUGCCGCAUCAUCAAGAAUGUACAGGUUCUCUACAGUGAACAAACACCACUUAGCCAUGACCUCAUUCUCAACUUGACUCAGGAUGGAAUUAAACUGUUGUUUGACGCCUUGAAUCAGAGACUGAAGGUCAUUGAAGUUUAUGACUUGAGCAAAGUGAAAUUGAAAUACUGUGGAGUGCAUUUCAACUCUCAGGCUAUAGCACCUACGAUCGAACAGAUUGAUCAGUCCUUUGGCGCAACUCAUCCUGGUGUUUACAAUGCGGCAGAGCAGCUCUUCCAUUUAAACUUCCGAGGCCUGUCCUUCUCCUUCCAGCUGGACUCUUGGAACGAGGCCCCCAAGUACGAGCCUAACUUUGCCCAUGGCUUGGCCUCCCUGCAGAUUCCCCACGGCGCAACGGUCAAACGGAUGUACAUCUACACUGGCAACAACCUCCAGGACACCAAGGCUCCAACAAUGCCGCUGGCUUGUUUCCUUGGUAACGUGUAUGCUGAGUGCGUGGAUGUUCUGAGGGACGCCACUGGUCCGCUGGGGCUGAAGCUCCGCCUUCUCACUGCAGGCUGUGGUCCAGGAGUGAUGGCUGAUGCCAAGGUGCGUGCUGUGGAGAGGAACAUCUACUUCGGUGACUCGUGUCAGGACGUUCUCAGCGCUCUCGGAUCGCCACACAAGGUCUUCUACAAGUCUGAGGACAAGAUGAAGAUCCACUCUCCCUCCCCUCACAAGCAGGUGCCAUCAAAAUGCAAUGACUACUUCUUCAACUACUUCACCCUAGGAGUGGACAUACUGUUUGAUUCUACAACACAUCUGGUGAAGAAGUUCGUCCUGCACACCAACUACCCCGGCCAUUAUAAUUUCAACAUAUAUCAUCGAUGUGAUUUUAAGAUUCCCCUGGUUAUAAAGAAAGAUGGAGCGGAGGCCUCGGGGGAGGACUGCACCCUGUCCAGCUACAGUAAAUGGGAUCAGAUCCAGGAGCUACUGGGCCACCCCAUGGAGAAGCCGGUUGUUCUCCACAGGUCCUCAUCAGCAAACAACACCAACCCCUUUGGCUCCACCUUCUGUUUCGGACUGCAAAGGAUGAUCUUUGAGGUGAUGCAGAACAACCACAUCGCAUCGGUGACGUUGUAUGGAGCGCCGAGGGCCAACAGCCACAUGAAGGCAGAGGUCACCGCCGCCACCGCUACUGCCACUGCCACCGCCACCGCCACCCCCUCCUCCACCUCCGUCACCGCCACCCUCUGAAGCCCUGCCCAGUCUUCUCCUCCUCCCACUGAAGCCCUGCCCAGCCACCUCCUCCUCUUCCUCCUCCUCCCCCCACCGAUGCCCUGCCCAGCCACCUCCUCCUCCUCCUCUUCCUCCUCUUCCUCCUCCUCCUCAUCCAUUACCAAGUUCUCCUCAGAGCCCCCUCCCAAGUGAGCGGAGUGUGCCCUCACCACCUGAUCUGCACGCUUCCUCUUCCUCCUCCUCUUCUCCUCCUCCUCCACCCCAACGCUUCUUCAUCCAUCCACCCUCCACAGCAGCAUAGAGGAAGCUCUCUGGGACCCCCCUGCCCUGCUCUGUCCUGCCCUGCCUCCUUGGUUUCCUCCGAGUGGGGUGUCGCCAACAGUACCCUGUCCCUGUACCCUGUCUCCCACCGUCCUCCUCCACCAGUCUCACUCUUGGCUCCCCAGCUCCCGGUCAAUCCAUGUAUUCAAUCCACGGUCAAUCCAUGUAUUCCAUGUUGCAUCCUGACCCCCCAUCCACCCCAUAUCCUCCUGCCUGUUUCCCCUCUCCUAUCCUGGGUCAGAGACGCACCGCUCCCUACCUCCCUCCUCCCUCUCACCUUUCUUACCCCCAGCUGGUGGACUUUGUCUGUCAUCACAUCCCCUUUUGAGAGUGUGUAUACGCCAGCUAAAAAAGAAAACACCCACACCCACACACGCAAAUGUACUCAAAAGUGUGUACACAAACACACACUCACAAACACACACACACACACACACACACACACACAACCAACAAAAAUAAGCUAUGUGGUAAUUUUCUAACAUCAGUGUCAAAAACAAAAAAAACAAAAGUAAAACCUCUUGGUCAACGCGUCACACCAAAUGACAUAGAAGCAUUUCAACCCGCUCCCCUCAGACACGCAACGGCCAGCUGGGGGAUUGACUGAGUAGAAGAAAACAUGAAAAACAAGGAAAAAGAAAAGAGGACAAGACAAGAAACAUGGAAAAACCAGGAAAAAGAAAAAAAGAGUUACAAGCACAAUCCAGCUUCACCCUGUGGUGUCGUGUUGUCCAGCGCCUAACGUACUAGCUAUCAUCUUCAAACACUCAUGCAAACACACACACACACACACACACACACACACACACACACACACACACACACACACACACACACACCGCUUGGCCAAGUCCACAGCACAGGUCCUCUCUCCGUUUGCAAGGCUGCAGUUGCGAGCACUAAACUCUUACUCGUUUCGAGUUGGCAUUUCUCUACAUAUUUCCUUGCAAACUAAGGAAAGCUGACUUUGUUGUUGUUUUUUAACAUUUGCACUAAAACAAACAAACACACAUGCACACACACACACACACACACACACACACACGCACACACGCGCGCAUAUUCAUACACACACUCUAUUUUACUUGAUAUAAUUGUCUGUGUUUCAGUGCGGAGAGCAUGUUUUUGAUUUCCUGCUCUUGCUGUGGAGUUGUUGAAGUGAGGUUCAGGAGGGGAGGGGAGGGUUGGGUUGGGUUGGGUUUGGUUGUGGGCCCGAGGACGGGCACUGGAGAAUUGUUUUUGUUAUUUUGUCCUUUUUGGAUUCUGCCAUGAGCACACUUCCUCAUGCUUCGUGCCGCUCAGACAAGAUCCAUGUGGCCUGGUGGCUCGAGUCAUGCCUGUUGGGGCUUUCAGGACACUGUUAGUUACUCAAAAGCAUUGUUACCUACCAGUUAACAACAUACUAGGUUUCCAAUGGAAAAUUGCAUUGCAACCAAGUAAGUUGCUAACUUACUUUAGCAGCGAUGUUGCCGAGAAACGCACCCCAGAAACCUGGGGAUGUUAACUCUGAGCAAGAGGUAAAUCUAGUAAUAGAAGAGGCAUGAGUGACGGAUAAAACUCCAAGUCACCUCUAUUAGGAGAUUUACAACUCACUCAGGGUUAAUUCAGCUGGGUUUGGCAACUAAAUCACCUGUUUAAAGUGUACGCCCCCAGGUCUUGUCCAACGCAUGUCAGGUGUGGCGGUUCUAGUCUGUCUCUGGUCCUCCAUCCUCCUCAACUCUCCUCCUCCUCCAGCUGUCCUUUGUUCUCUCACUUCAUUCAUCAUCCCUCUUUUACAACUGUUUGCUUUUUUUGUUUGUUUCUUUCUUCUUUGCAUCCCUGUAUCCACAUCCCUAACAUGCAUCUCUCAUUCUCCUCCUUUAGUUUUUUAAAAUUGUAAGAUUUUCUCAUUGUCAUGCUUUUCAUUUUCUAUGGAGGUAAUUGUUAAGCCAUUUUUUUCUUCAACAUUCUGCAUCUGUUAAUUUAAUUGCCAAAAUUUUAGCCAAAGAUAUUUCAAUAGUUCACUUUAUAAUUAAAAAGGUAAAUGAAUAUGAUUUUGAGCUUGACCUUU